GGACAUAGCACCUCUAUUAUCAUCCCUCGAGUCAUUUCUUGCCAUUUCCCGUGCCACUGCCCUGUCUUACUGAUCUGUGCUCUGAAGCAGAUCCCUUUGCACGCCGUUCGUUCUCGUUCACUGCCCUUGCAGCGGGCGCCCUCUCGUUCUCCCUCUUUUGCUCAUUCGCUUCUUCUACCCCAACUCCUUCGUUGAAGAGCCGAAGGGAAAAUGCGUCGUGCGGCGUCCUCGUCCUUCCACUGCCUCUCCGCGUCGGCCGGCAUCGCUGCCAGUGUCGGUGCGGUAGCGGCACGCCGCAGCUACACCGACAUCUUCAACCCCACGCCCGAGCACGCCGCCCUGCGCGACACCAUCGCCAAGUUCUCGCGUGACGUGGUUGACAAACACGCGAGGGAGGACGACAUCAACGGCCACUUCAACCGCGAACUCUUCAAUCAGCUCGCCGAUCUCGGUGUGAUGGGUGUGACGAUCCCGGAGGAGGACCACGGCGCCGGCAUGGACGCGGUGGCUGCUGUCAUUGUGCACCACGAGCUCUCCAAGUACGAUCCGGGCUUCUGUCUCGCUUAUUUGACGCAUGCGAUACUCUUUGUGAACAACUUCUACUUCAGCGCGUCGCCGGAGCAGCGGCAGCGGUGGCUGCCCAAAGUGCUUUCCGGCGAACACGUUGGUGCGAUGGGCAUGUCGGAGCCGAGUGCGGGCACCGACGUGCUCGGCAUGCGCACCACUGCCAAGAAGGACGCGAAUGGGGACUACGUGCUGAACGGGAGCAAAAUAUGGAUCACGAACGGCACCGUGGCUGACGUUUUUCUCGUCUACGCCAAGGUGAACGACAAGAUCACGUCGUUUGUUGUGGAGCGCGGCACGAAGGGCUUCACGCAGGGGCCGAAGAUCGACAAGUGCGGCAUGCGCGCAUCCCACAUGUGUGAGCUGUUUUUCGAGGACGUCGUCGUGCCAAAGGAGAACCUGCUCGGCGCGGAGGGCAAGGGAGUGGUGGGCAUGAUGCGGAACUUGGAGCUGGAGCGGGUGACUUUGGCGGCCAUGUCCGUCGGCAUCGCCGAGCGCUCGGUGGAGUUGAUGACGAAGUACGCAGCGGAGCGCAAGGCCUUCGGGCAGCCCAUCUCGAACUUCGGUCAGAUCCAGCGCUACAUCGCCGAGGGCUACGCGGACACGGAGGCGGCGAAGGCGCUCGUGUACACCGUGAGCCAGCACGUGCACCCGAACAACAAGAAUCGCCUGGGCAGCGACGCGGCGAAGCUUUUUGCCACGCCCGUGGCGAAGAGGGUGGCGGAUGCUGCGAUCCAGGUAAUGGGUGGCAUGGGCUACUCACGUGGGAUGCCGGUGGAGCGGCUGUGGCGUGAUGCGAAACUGCUGGAGAUCGGUGGCGGCACGAUCGAGGCACACCACAAAAACAUCACGAAGGACCUGAUCAAGGAGCUGAAGUAG